CGGGGCAGUGAACCGUGAGCCGAAGAGUUCGGCAAGAAGCGGAGAAGGAACCGUGAGCCGAAGUGUUCGGCAAGAAGCGGAGAAGUAACCGUGAGCCGAAGUGUUGGGCAAGAAGCGGAGGAGUGAACCGGGAGCCGAAGAGUUCGGCAAGAAACAAGCGGUUCGAGGAUUGCGGGAGGUAGAUGAUAGGAGAAGAGGACGGAAGGAGCGGGGAGAGAAUCCGAGACGCUCGGGGACGGUUCGUGUCACGGGGUAGUUGGGGGAUACCCGAGAUCGGGAGUACAUCUCAGGGGCGGACGAGGACGCGCAGUCGACCGCUGAGGGAAAGCGGAACGGAAGAGCGAGGAGAAAUAGAGGUCGGGGCUAACGAACAGGAGCAGCAACCGGCAUCCGUUCGGCAGGAGUAUCAUCUCACAUUCAGUGAGGAGGAAACUGAGCGGUGGGAGGACGCCGAAGAGGAAGAAGGAUCGGGUGAACACGGAGAAGAGCAGCCAGAGUGGGAUUUGGCGGAUUUCAGAAGAAGAUCAUCGAAUAUCAGCAGCUUCAUCCGGGGAUUCAGAGCAGCUCAACAGCAAAGGGGCGCAAGGCACGCGAUGGCCGCACAGAUGAAAUUCCAAUCCCCACCCACCUUCGGGGGGAAGGACGGGGAAGACGUCGUGCAGUGGAUGCAUCGAUACGAGAGAAUCGGAAGGUAUAAUCGAUGGGGAAAUGAAGAACUUCGCGACCACGUGGAGCUGUCGCUGUCCGGGGCAGCGCAGAAGUGGUACUCAUACAAAGAGGCCGCGGGACAACUAGCAGCCGAAUGGGAGGAUGUUGCAGGACCACCAGUUGUACCAGGAGUUAAAACACAGCUGUUGGAGCAAUUCAAGCCAGUUAAUCAGAACCGAUUCAAUGAAGCGAAUCUGAGAGAACGCAAACAAGGAAUCGAGGAAUCCACGAUCGAGUAUUUUUACGACAUCCUGGAUUUAUGCCGCAGAGUAGACCCGAAUAUGACCGAAGCUACGAAAUUGGCGCACCUAUGGAGAGGACUCAAGCCAAGUUUACUAGAGAAACUCUGGAGUUUGAAACCCAACUCAUGUGACGAAUUCCUCCAAGAAAUUAAGCGGUAUCAGGAGAUGACGUCCCGAGCGAGACACGAGGAAUGGGCGAUGGGCGUGGUCGGAAAACAAACACCAACGACGGGAAGUGAGAGAAUGGACCGAAUAGAAAAAUUGCUAGAGGGACUAAUGGGAGCCGUGGCAUCAAGGAACGCAUCAGGGGCAGCCGCACAGCAAGGAGAAAGAUCGGAGAGUCAACAGUAUCGGUCGGAUAACCGAUCGAUACUGAAAUGGACUUCGGAGGGAAAAACGAGCAGCGGAACAUCAUAA